AGAUCCAAUUUAUUUUGGGUGGGUGGAUAAAUUAGAAGCUGAGUUUGUGAAUAUUCUAAUUUAUUAAGGGUAUUAGAGUCUUUACUCAUCCUGGAUCCACGUUUUUUACUUAAAAAUAAAUAAAUACUAUAUGAUAUUUUAAUACGGGGAGAAAGGAGAAUUUUUUAAGAGAGGAAAGGGCAUAUGGAGUUAAUGUCCAGUAUUUGUUUAUGUUUAAAAUCUUGCUUAUUUUCGUCUUCGAGCAAGAUCUAAAAAAGAAGAAUAUAGAUAGAUAAUAUAAACCUCAUUUCCAAGGUUAAACAACACAAGAAGCAUUUUGUGUAGAGCAGAGAGAGAACAGAGAAAGAAGCAACAAAACUCUCGAACUUGUGCUUUGGCUGCUACUAGUGUACAAACACACACACAAACAGGGCUUUUCUGUUCCAUCAAUGGAGAAUGCUGUCGUUAAAACAUCGAACCUUUCAGACAUCAUCUCCAAGUUCGUUAAAGUCUGCAAGUUUAGAUCCAUUGGUGUGUUCCCUGACCAUAAACCGAAUCCGAACACUCCUUCUGAUGAAGUAGUAGCAGAAGUCUUCGAAGAUAUCACUUGCAAACCCUCGAGAAAGAUUCCAAGUUCCCGUUGGAACGAUGCUGAGGUUUCGAAGCUGUUCGACGCUGUUACAUCGCUUAAGCUCGCGUAUCUCGAGUUUCAACGAGCUCAUCUGCCUUACGAUCCAGACAAGAUCAUAGAAGCAGACAACCUCGUCGUCUCUCACCUCGAAACGCUACGAAGAUUCAAACGUCUCUACCUCAAAACAAAGCAGCUCCAAGCCAAGACCGAGCUUGACGCCGCUUCUCGUUUGAACAGAUUGAGAGACGAAGUGGAAGUGAACGAGAAGCAUUUGUGGGAGCUCAAGACGCAGACGAAAGCAAAGGAGAGUGAGGUUCACUCCCUGAAGGAGACACUAAACUGUUUGGUCGCAGAGAAUAACAAACUCGAAGAGAGGCUCGUGAGCGUCUCCUCCUUUGAGUUCGUGUUCAGAGCUGCUUCUAAGUCGAUACACGACUUUGCAAAGCCGUUGAUCACUCUCAUGAAAGCUACGGAUUGGAAUCUUGAGAAAGCAGUUGAAUCUAUCGUGCCUAAUGUAACGUACGCUAAGAACUCAGACAAGAAGUAUGCUUUUGAGUCGUACAUCGUUCAGAGAAUGUUCCACGGCAUGAAGCUUAUUCCUUCUGACGUGACUGAGCUGAUGAGUUUAGAUGAUCCGUUGGACGCGUUGACAGCGUUUCCAGAUUCGGCGUUUGCGAGAUUCUGCGGUCAGAAGUAUCUAUUAGUUGUUCAUCCGUUGAUGGAAGCUUCCUUCUUUGGGAAUUUGGAUAUGAGGGGGCUUGUUGUGCUCGGUAAGCAUCCGAGAACGGUGUUUUAUCGAAUCUUUGCGAAAAUGGCCAAGUGGGUAUGGGUUCUUGGAUCGUUUGCAGCUUCUUUGGAUCUAAAAGCAAAGAUCUUUGUGGUCAGAAGAGGAACCGGAUUCUCAAGUGCCUACAUGGAGUCUGUAGUGGGUGAUGAUGCAAGAGAAGAAGAAGAAGGACAAGAGGACUUGAGAGUUGAGUUUAUCACAAUGCCGGGGUUUAAGGUUGGAGAUUCAGUGUUUAAAUCUCAUGUUUAUCUUUCUCAAACAAAAAGGUGAAAAGAAAAAAGCUCUUUAGAUUUGAUUGUUUGAAAAAGUAAACAUUUCUGCUUUUAGUUUUGAAAGUUUUGUAGGUAAGGAUAUCAUUUGCUUUGUAACUAUGUACACAUUCAAGAUUCAGUCUGUUGAUUCUAGAAGCAACUUAAAUCUA